UCUGAUCUGAUGCUGAAAAAAAAUAUGAAUAAAAAUACUCCUGUAGAUGUGCUGAGAUAUUUUGAAUUGAAAAUAAGAUUUUCAUCUCAUAAAUUUAUUCAUUUGUACAUUGAUAUUAUGCAUCGUGUAAUGUGAGUAUUAUUAAACGUCUUAUAAGUAAUUGCUCAACCAGAUGAAUUAGAAUUAAUUAAUAGCGUGUAUGUAUACAUGUUGUUUAAUUACUCAUUGUACAAUUAUGAAUUCUUCAAUUGCCAUGUUUUUCUAUCGCUCAGUUUAUUGAAAUCUUCUGCAUGGUGCAGAAGUGAGUGAAGAUAGAACAUAUUUUUAUUGUUAGUUUUUUUGUUUUUCUCGACUCAAGGAACGAAGAUGAAGAUAUUUCUUAUGAUCAAGUGGAAAAAAGAGUUUUUUGAACGAGGUCUAAUAAUUAUUUUGAUGGCAAUUAUAUUAUGCAACGAAAUUUAUGCAGAAACAGUUCAAAAUUCAAAUGAUAUUUGUCUUACUUCAGAAUGUAAUAAUACGGCAACAAGGAUUAUCAAGUCUAUGGAUUUAUCUGUCGAUCCAUGUGAUAACUUUUACAAAUUCACAUGCGGUAAUUUUAUCAACACAACUAUUCCUGAUGACAAAACCAAAGUGGAUAUUUUCAGUACACUUGCGGACCAAGUUCGGGAACAAUUAAAACCUAUUGUUGAGACGGAAAUGUCUUCUAAUAUGACGAAGCCAUUUAGGCUCGUUAAAAAUUUGUACAAUAUUUGUAUGAAUGAAACUGCUAUUGAAAAACACGGAUUGGCUCCGUUGUUGAGUAAAUUGAAAAAACUAGGAGGCUGGCCUGUUGUGGAAGGCGAUAAUUGGAAAGAAGAUGAAUUCAAUUGGACAAACUCGAUAUAUAUUCUCAAAAAUAUGGGGUAUUCGGUAAAAUAUCUUCUGGGGGUUGAAAUUGGAUCGGAUAUUAAAAAUAAUACAAAUACUGUUAUAAAUAUAAAAUUGCCUAAGUUUGGACUGGGGCCUGACUUUUUAUUGAGAGGGCAAGAAGAUGAGUUGAUUAAAAAUUAUAAAAAAUACAUGAUUGAUAUUGCGGUACUUCUUGGAGCUAAACGGGAAUAUGCAGACAAAGAACUUACGGAAUCGCUUGACUUUGAAAUAAAAUUGGUCAAUAAAAGUGCAUUUGGUAAACAAUAAAUUUGGAAUUGAUUUGAAGUUCAUUUCAU